UGAGGCUGCUACCCGGACACGCCGCCCGAGCAAACGUUACCCGCGCGAAACUUAACCGCUCUCGUCCACUCGUGCGCCGCCGAACGCCGAACACAAAACCGACGAACUCACCCUCGCACGCACCUCGCCGUCGUCGGCAUGGGCAUGAAGAGCUCGGCGGGCGACGUGGACGUGGAGCUGCUCAAGGCGGUGGCACAGGCGUGGUACGCGCACUCGGGCAACCCGCGGCCGUCGCGCGCCGCAUCGGCGGACGACGACGGUGCGGGCGUGGGCGGUGCGCGCCGCGCGGGCGCCCCGCGAUACAGGCCGUCCCGGUUCAAGCUGGAGGCGGCGGCGGCCGCCGCGGCCGCGCAGAGGAGGAGGUCGUGGGACUUCGCGCAGUCGCUGUGGGACACCUACGAGCUCGUCACCAUCGCGCAGAAGAUCGAGUCCAGCCUCGCCAUCAUCGACGAGGCCGCGGCCACGCCGCCGCAUCGUGCCGUCGCCGGCGAGGGCGCCACGCGUGGGGGAGGAGGAGGAGGGAAGCGGCCGAGGGAAGGCAAGCGUAGCCUCAGGAGCCUGUUCCACCGGUCCUCGUCCAGGAGGUUCGAGGAAUCAAGCAGAUAGCUACUACUCUCUUCUUGACUGUCCUCUGUUCCAUACUUACCUCAAAAACUUUGGCAGUGUCCAUGCAAUUUACACAGCCAUAUGUAGCAUAUUACAGGUGUCGAUA